AUGUCUGCCCAAUCAUCUUCCCAGUCCAAGAAACCACAUAAGACGAUGGGUUCAUCUGGUUCCUCGUCAAGCAAGAAGGCUCAAAGAUACAACACAGUCAAUUUCGGCCUCGAUGUCGUGGCGAAUGUGGCUGAAGGAUCAGAUAUACUCGCCCCUCUAAAAGCAGCUUGUCGAACGACAAAGUCAAUCGUCGAAGUUAUGCAGGGCAUAGAGAACAACCGAGAAGAUUGGAUCGACCUCAUCCGACGCGUGAAGGACUAUAUGUCUGUGCUCGAGGAACAAAUUGCCUUGUUCGAGACAUAUCCGCCGAAGGAUAGAACUGUCAACGAGGCUUUCAGUCGGCCGUUCAUCGGCUAUGUCGAAGCACUCGAAGACAUACACGAUACGGUCGUCAAUCUGACGGAAAAGCGCAACCACCGCAAAUUUAGCUUCUUCAAAGCGUUCAGCAAAGUGAAGAUUGAUUCGGGGGAAAUUCGUCGACUUAACGUAGCGGUCGAGGACAGACAUAGGCAGUUCAUGGCCGCGUUGGAUGUUUUUACCGCAUUCCGUAUUCAAAUCGUUGAGCGAAAUACCAAGGAUAUCGAGGCGCACCUGGAGGCUACCAAAGCCAAUGUAGAAGAUACCAAAGCCGAAGCUACCAGGGCUAACGUAGAGGUUAUCAAAGCCAACAUAGAAACCACUCGGACAGAUCACGAGGCCUCUGCUAUACUCCAGCUGCCAAUGGUACAAUUUGUCGCGUCCUCGAUCCACAGUACUUGCCUGCAAGGAACACGAGAGGCUGUUCUUCAGAUAAUACGGGGGUGGGCAGAGGAUGCCGCGUCGCAGAAGCCGAUAUUUUGGUUGUGCGACAUAGCUGGCUCCGGCAAAUCCACAGUAGCAAUGUCGGUGGCACAAGGUUGGAGGACGGAGGGAGUGCUAGGGGGUCAGUUCUUCUUCUCGUUGGCGAGUACCGAAGCGUCGACGACGGACAAGUUUUGCUCGACCGUGGCGAGGGAGCUUGCCCAGCAGAUGCCCGACCUCACGUCGCACAUCGCUGAGUCUGUGAAGCGAAAUCCUGCAAUCAUGCGAAGCUCGUUCCAUGAUCAGCUCCGAACCCUGAUUCUUGCCCCACUCCAUCAUCGACAAGAGCGCGUGAUUUUUGUCGUCGACGCCAUCGACGAAUGUAAAUCAAAAGCGCGCCGAAAGGAACUUCUCGACGCCCUAGCUAUGGCCGUGCGAGAAACGAACAACCUCAAGAUAUUCAUUACCAGUCGACCUGAUUCAGUCAUCGAGGCGGUUUUAGGUCCCCUUUCAAUCAAAACCGAAUUGAAGGAUCGCCUUCACGACGUUAGUCAUCAUGAUAACGUCGACGAUAUUGCGACGUACGUGCAUCAAUCGCUGUGUGAUGUGCUGUCGCCAGCCGAGCGGCAGAGGCUGGUCGAAAAGGCCAAUGGGUUGUUCAUCUGGGCAAGUACUGCAUGCCGAAUACUCAAUACCAACUCGAGGUCUCCCGAGGACGCAUACAAUUAUCUGAUGUCCAUGAACCAGGGUGGGGUGAUCGACGAUUUGUACACCCUUAUCCUCCAGCGCACAGACCCGGAUGACUAUGUGGUGGUGUACGAGAUGCUCGCAUUACUGCUCGUUGCAUCUGAACCUCUCAGCGCUGAGGAUCUGGACGAUCUUCUCAGACAUGCUGGUGUUGACGGAAGCGCCAAAGGGUUAAUACGGAAUCUUAGCAGCGUACUUAUCGAGGACGAGGCUACACAUCUAAUCCAAUUUCGUCAUCCCACAUUUGUGGAGUACCUUCGGCGUUGCUCUGUCCGCCUAGCCACUGAGAGCAGCCAUGAAGUAUAUAUUGACGUUGCCAAAGCGCAGGGACAAGCCGCAGCGUGGUGUUUGAAAUGUCUCAAGUCACCGACUGAAGGUCUUCAGUUCAACAUAUGCCGAAUAGAGACAUCUUUCUACUUAAACAAGCAAAUUCCGGAUCUCGAUACUAGGAUAUCCAAGUUCAUUCGAAAACGGCUUCAAUAUGCAAGUCUACAUUGGUUAUUCCAUGCUGUGGACACUGAUGACAGCUGGCGACGCACGUUCAAGAAUGAAAUUGAGCAAAUUCUUCGAACUCCAUACGUGCUAUACUGGAUAGAGGUCCUAAGCUUGACUGGAGGAGUGCCACGGGCGAUAGCCGGGCUUCGAGCUGUCACACGCCAUAUCGGACUUGAUGAGAAGACUAGAACCCGCAUGACCGAAAUUCGGCGGUUUAUGAUGGCAUUUUCAGUACCUAUCCAAGACAGUGCUCCACACAUCUAUAUUUCUGCGCUACUAUUCAGUCCGACAAACACGAUACUGUAUCAAGAAGGCGUAAGGGAGUAUAGAAAUGGCUUGAAUGUCGCUCGAGGAGUUGACAAGGUGUAUCCCGGUUUACCCCAGAUUCUUCGAGAUCGCCAAGGUGUGGUCACGGCCGUCGGGUUCUCUCCAGACGGCUCACGAAUCGUCUCUGGCUCAGGCGACAAGACGAUUCGCCUGUGGGAUGCAGACACUGGCCAACCGUUGGGGGAGCCGCUUCGAGGUCACGAGCACUCGGUCACAGCCGUUGCAUUCUCUCCAGACGGCUCACGAAUUGUCUCUAGCUCAUACGAAACCACGAUUCGGCUGUGGAAUGCAGACACCGGUCAGCAGUUGGGAGAGCCGCUUCGAGGUCACGAAUACUCGGUCACAGCCGUCGGAUUCUCUCCAGACGGCUCACGAAUCGUCUCUGGGUCACACGACAGAACGAUUCGGCUCUGGGAUGCAGAUACUGGUCAACCAGUGGGAGAGCCACUUCGAGGUCACCAAACCACGGUCACAGGCGUUGGGUUCUCUCCAGACGGUUCACGAAUUGUCUCCGGCUCAGCCGACACGACAAUUCGACUAUGGGAUGCAAAUACCGGUCGGCCGUUGGGAGAACCACUUCGAGGCCACGAUUAUAUGGUCAGAGCCGUCGCAUUCUCUCCAGACGGCUUACGAGUAGUCUCUGGCUCAGAAGACAAUACAAUUCGACUAUGGGAUGCAAAUACUGGUAAGCCGUGGGGAGAGCCACUUCGAGGUCACCAGGGUUGGAUUCAGGCUGUCGGAUUUUCUCCGGACGGUUCACGCAUCGUCUCGAGCUCAAACGACAAGACGAUUCGAGUAUGGAAUGCGGAUACUGGCGAGCUACUGGGCGAGCCACUUCGAGGUCACGAGGGGUGGGUCGUAGCCGUCGCAUUCUCCCCAGAUGGCUUACAAAUCGUCUCUGGCUCAUUCGACGAGACGAUUCGACUAUGGGAUGCCUCUACUGGUCAACCGUUGGGAGAACCACUCCCGGAGGAACAGGACUCGGUCUUAGCCGUCGCAUUUUCGCCAGAUGGCUCACGAAUUGUCUCCGGUUCUUCUGACAAGCUAAUUAGACUAUGGGACGCAAACACCGGUGAACCGUUGGGAGACCCACUUCGGGGUCACCAAGGCGUGGUCCGGGCCGUCGAAUUCUCACCAGACGGCUCACAAAUCGUCUCUUGCUCGAAAGACAGGACGAUUCGCCUAUGGAAUGCGAAUACAGGGAAACCAUUGAGUGAUCCACUUCGAGGUCACGAGGACCAAGUCAUGGCCGUCAGGUUCUCUCCAGACGGCUCAAGAAUCGUCUCUGGUUCAAAAGACGACACGAUUCGUCUGUGGGAUGCGGAGACGGGUCAACCGUUGGGAGAGCCACUUCGAGGUCACAAUUCCACGGUUAUUGCUGUUGGAUUCUCUUCAGAUGGUUCACGAAUUGUCUCUGGUUCUUGGGAUAAGACGGUUCGGCUAUGGGAUGCAAAUACCGGUCAAUCGUUAGGUGAGCCACUUCGAGGUCAUCAACACUUGGUGUGGGCCGUCGGAUUCUCUCCAGAUGGUUCACGAAUCGCCUCUGGCUCACAGGAUAACACCAUUCGACUAUGGGAUGCAGGUACCGGUCGCCAGUUGGGAGAGCCACUUCGUCAUCAAGAACAGGUUAUGGCCGUCGAGUUCUCUCCAGACGGCUCACGAAUCGUCUCUGGCUCUUGGGACAAGACGAUUCGACUAUGGGAUGUAGAAACCGGUCAGCCGUUGGGUGAGCCACUUCGAGGUCAUCAAGGCCAUGUCACGGCUGCCAGGUUCUCUCCAGACGGCUCCCAAAUUGUUUCUGGCUCAGAAGACAAGACUAUUCGACUUUGGGAUGCGGCGAUAGAUGUAACUGCGAAUAAAUCCAGCUUGGAUGACGGAGGACCCGCAUCUUCAGAUCGAAACGAAGAUUUACAAGGUACUCCACUAGAUAUCCUCGUACCCGGAUUCGGACAGUGUUCACUUUUGCACAAUGGCUGGGUGCAAAGUUCUGGCAAACUACUCUUCUGGGUACCGCCGGACAAUCGACAUGGGCUACAAUAUCCACAUCUUCUCACUAUACCCACAGCAACUUAUCUUCGCGCGACCAAACUUGAUUUUGCCCAUUUCCGUUGCGGCCUCUCUUGGACAGAGGUUCGAACCAAUGCCAACCAGUAG